AUGUCAAGCGCCAAGAGCUUUGGAGGCAAAGAUCAAGAAGUGAUGCUGGGCCCCUUCGAAGCGUGCAGGAGGUUGCUGAAUACAGCAGAGGCUGCGAGGCUUAGCUUUGAGGAUCGAGAAAAGCUGUUCUUCGUGGACUAUUCAAUGGUUGGAUUGCUGGUUCACGAGAACUACCUGCGGUCAAUGGAAAAGAAGCCAGCUACUUUAGAAGUGUUGAGUCGGUGUGCUUACUCAGCAGACCUCAUGACAGUAGGUGAUAUCUUCCAGCAGCGCAUCAAUGCUGAACAGGAGUGGAGCUUGCUGCCACAUUCUGGGGUCGUCUCAUGUGCCUAUCCAGCAUUUGUCUCAAAUGGCAUGCUGGGAUAUCCAUCAUUUCCAGCAGCGCUGGGCAAGAUGUCGUCCCUUUCCAAAUCCAGGAGACAAAUGAUGGACUUGCAGAUGCACUUGCGGCUUUCUUCCACGGUGUAUGGCCAGGCCAUGAUUUCGUCAUCGUAUGCUGAACUCCUCUACAGGCGUUUGGUUGAGCCUUUGAAGGAGAACGACAUCAAGGAGGCGGUUGGUCGGCUGGAUGCCUACGGGCUUCGACGAGAGCAUUUGGUGGAGCACCUGACAGAGUUGCGGCAACACCUUGGAUGCCAGGACAUGUUCAAGCAAGUGGAUGCAAAGGUAAAGUCGGCUUUGACGCGUGAGCUUAACACAGGCAAGCAUGCUGUUAAGGUCGUGCUUCCAUCCAAGAGAAGGCGGCUGGUAGAGGAACCUGGCUUUGAUGCGGAUGGUGAAGACGCAGAGGUGGUCAUGAAUGAUGUCGAGGAAUCAGAGGAUGAGGAGGAGAAGUCCGCCUUGAUCAAGGCUGGCUUGGAUUGA